AUCACUCGCUAUAACCGGCGGCGGCACGAGCUUUCCUCCCCUCAAACAUCCGGGUGUCGCGCGCAAUGCGCAGUCGCGGCGCUGCGGCCGUUUCAGCGAGCUGAGUGGAGAGAGAGAGAGAGAGAGAGAGAGAGAGAGAGAAAGAGAGAGAGACCGGAGAGAGUGCCAGAGAAGCGGAGACGCAGCGGGACGCAGACUUGGCCAAGCUUCAAACAAAGGCAUUUGGGGGGGAAAAAACAAACAAACAAACAAACAAACCAACCAAAAAAAUUAUCCCUUGUUACCUAAAGACAUGGACAUGGAGACGGUAGACACUGCGCCCUAAAAUGUCAGAUUUAAAUAGGGAUACCGCGAAGCGAGCGAGAGCGGCUUCCCCUCCCCUCCUCCCUCAUCUUUUACCCUAAACCGGUGAUCUCGUCUCAGGUGCUUGGUCCUUCUUGACGCAGUCUGACUGAACUCGGGGAGCGAAAUGAAGAAGUUUAAUAUCCGGAAGGUGCUGGACGGCUUGACGGCAUCUCCCUCGACGUCGCCGCACGCAGGGGCCAAAGAGAACGACUUCAUCCUCCCGGAGACCCUCCAGUCCGAGCACUUCCAGCUCUGCAAGACUGUCCGCCAUGGAUUUCCCUAUCAGCCAUCUUCCAUGGCCUUCGACGCAGUCCAGAAAAUACUCGCCAUCGGGACUCAGAGUGGAGCAUUACGGUUAUUCGGUCGCCCCGGCGUGGAAUGUUACUGUCAGCAUGAGAGCGGAGCAGCCGUCAUCCAGCUACAAUUCCUCAUCAACGAAGGGGCGUUAGUGAGCGCUUUAGCUGACGACAGCAUUCACUUAUGGAACCUGCGUCAGAAGAGACCAGCCGUGCUGCACUCCCUUAAGUUCAACAGGGAGAGGAUAACGUUCUGUCACCUGCCUUUCCAGAGUAAGUGGUUGUACAUCGGUACAGAACGAGGAAACAUCCACAUUGUAAACGUGGAGUCCUUCACCCUCUCAGGAUACACCAUCAUGUGGAACAAAGCCAUUGAACUGUCCUCCAAGGCCCACCCUGGUCCUGUCGUCCACAUAAGUGAUAACCCAAUGGAUGAAGGCAAGCUCAUAAUAGGCUUCGAGUCUGGCAUUGUGGUGCUGUGGGAUUUGAAGUCAAAGAAGGCAGACUACCGCUAUACUUAUGAUGAGGCGAUCCAUUCUGUGGCCUGGCACCAUGAGGGGAAGCAGUUCAUCUGUAGUCACUCAGACGGCACUCUGACCAUAUGGAAUAUAAAGUCCCCAGCCAAGCCUGCACAGACAAUCACCCCACACGGAAAACAGCCCAAGGAUGGAAAGAAGCCAGAGCCAUGUAAACCAAUUCUCAAAGUAGAGUACAAGACAACAAGGGCAGGCGAUCCGUUUAUGAUCCUGUCCGGCGGUCUAUCGUACGACACGGUUGGUCGGCGGCCAUGUUUGACUGUUAUGCAUGGGAAGAGCACAGCGGUGCUGGAGAUGGACUAUCCUAUCGUAGACUUCCUCACACUCUGUGAAACGCCAUAUCCUAACGAUUUUCAGGAACCUUAUGCUGUAGUGGUCCUUCUAGAAAAGGAUUUAGUCGUUAUUGACCUCGCACAAAAUGGUUACCCUAUCUUUGAGAACCCCUACCCCUUGACGAUUCAUGAGUCUCCGGUGACGUGCUGCGAAUACGUCGCCGACUGUCCCGUAGACCUCAUCCCUGCACUUUAUUCGGUCGGCUCUCGGCAAAAACGACAGGGCUACAGCAAAAAGGAAUGGCCUAUAAGUGGUGGAAACUGGGGCCAGGGCACUCAGAGCUAUCCAGAAAUAAUAAUAACUGGGCAUGCUGAUGGUUCGGUGAAGUUCUGGGAUGCCUCUGCAAUAAUGCUCCAGGUGUUGUACAAGCUGAAGACGGCCAAGGUGUUCGAGAAAGCGCGCGGCAAGGAGGAGAAGGCGCAUACGGAGAUCGUGGACGAGGAUCCGUUCGCCAUUCAGCUCAUGGCGUGGUGUCCUGACAGCCGCAUGCUGUGCGUCGCUGGAGUGUCCGCUCACGUCAUCAUCUACAGAUUCAGCAAACAGGAGGUCACCACUGAGGUCAUACAGUUACUGGAGGUCCGAUUGCAGUACGAGAUGAAUGAUCUCGAGUCACCGGAAGGGGACCAGACACCAGCUACUCCCACUCCAAACACCUCACCAAGUCCGCAGAGCACCGCCCCGCACACGCAUCCCACCAGCAGCAGCAACUCGUCUGAUGGCGUUAGAGAUAAUGUGCCCUGUCUCAAGGUGCGCAGCAGUCCUCUGAAACAGUCUCCCGGAUAUCAGGUGGAGUUGGUCGUUCAGUUAGUCUGGGUCAGUGGAGAGCCGCCGCAGCAGAUUAGCAGCCUGGCAAUCAACUCCUCAUAUGGCCUCGUGGUCUUCGGCAAUACUAACGGCCUGGUUGUGGUAGAUUACCUCCAGAAGACCGUUCUGUUGAAUUUGAGCACCGUAGAGCUGUACGGAUCCAGCGACCCCUAUCAAAGACAACUCCGAUCACCUCGCAAGAGCAGGCAGCUCUCCGGAGGGCUGUGUGACAUCAACGAAGGCUCAGCUACGUCCGAGGACCGCUGCAAAUCCCCCACCUCAGUGUUGGCAUCUAACCAUCAGCAAUUCUACAAUGGCGGCGGUAGAGGAGCAAGGAUGUCACGGAAAUUAAGCUUGCCUACUGAGCUAAAGCCAGACUUGGUCUUACUCUCUGUAUGUCCACCGCGGGGUUCCAUACCGCUAGACAACAGGGACAACUCAUUCAGCCGCUCGCGCAGCUCGAGCGUGACCAGCAUCGAUAAGGAAGCACGGGAAGCCAUAACGUCGUUCUACUUCUUCCAGACGUACACGCGUAAAAUGGACAGCACCCUAAGCCCUGCCCUGUGGGUGGGAACCUCUUUAGGUACGGUCCUUGCUAUUUCCCUAAACAUGCCCCCUCCAGGAGAGCAACGGUUACUGCAGCCAGUCAUCGUCUCCCCCAGCGGCACUUUCAUUAGACUAAAAGGAAGCAUCAUCCGGAUGGCGUUCCUGGAUGGGUCAGGCUCACUGCUCCCACCCGCCUCAGAGUUGUGGUACGAACCGAACGCCGACAGUGAGGAGAAAGAGAGAGUGAGGAGGAGGAGGCCGGUGUCCGUCUCGCCCUCCACCUCGCAAGACCUGAAUGAGAGCCAGUUCAUGGUGGUAUGCUCGGAGAAGCAGGCCAAAGUGAUUUCACUACCCUCUCAAACCUGCAUCUUCAAGCACAACAUCACAGAGACAUCGUUUGUGCUCCGGGCAGACGUGGUGCAGGCGGGCCCAGGCAUCUGUGUGGCAUGCUUCUGUGCUAAUGGACACAUCAUGACCCUCAGUUUGCCUGGACUCAGACCAUUGCUGGAUGUAAACUACCUUCCACUGACAGACAUGAGGAUAGCCAGGACAUUCUGCUUUACCAACCUGGGACAGGCCAUGUACCUGACCUCCCCUACUGAGAUCCAGAGGAUAACCUACAGCCAGGAUGUCUGCGAGAACUUGCAGGAGAUGCUCGGCGAGCUGUUCACUCCAGUGGAGACGCCAGAGGCGCCAAACAGGGGGUUCUUUAAGGGCCUUUUUGGAGGAGGGGCACAGUCACUGGAUCGAGAAGAACUCUUUGGGGAGUCUGGGGCAGGUAAGGCGUCCCGGAGCCUUGCCCAACACAUCCCUGGACCAGGGGGCAUUGAAGGCAUGAAGGGGGCAGCAGCGGGUAUUGUGGGCGACCUGGCUCGCGCAAGGAUAGCACUGGAUGAGAGGGGGCACAAACUGAGUGAGGUGGAAGAGCGGACGGCAGCCAUGAUGGCCAGCGCUGACUCAUUUACCAAACAUGCCCACGAGAUGAUGCUGAAGUGUAAGGAUAAGAAAUGGUACCAGUUCUGAUUUGCAGACCAGCCCCGAAGUCAAAAGGGAUUCAACCAACCACUUUCCUAGAGGGCAUCAUCUUCUCUCUCGUCCUUCCCUCCAUCUUGUCCACCAUCUCUUUUCUUCUGGACCACCGGGAUCUCUCUUUUUAUUUCCUGGCAAAAUGUUGAAUACUGUGUGGACCUCAGACCUGCUGUUGGAUCUGGUGUGUGUGUAUGUGGGUGUGUAUGUGGGUGUGUAUGUGGGUGUGUAUGUGGGUGUGUAUGUGGGUGUGUAUGUGGGUGUGUAUGUGGGUGUGUAUGUGGGUGUGUAUGUGUGUGUGUGGGUGGGUGUGUGGGUGGGUGUGUGUGUGUGGGUGUGUGUGGGUGUGUGUGUAUGUGGGUGUAUGUGGGUGUAUGUGGGUGUAUGUGGGUGUAUGUGUGUGUAUGUGGGUGUGUGGGUGUGUGUGUGGGUGUGUGGGUGUGUGUGUGGGUGUGUGUGUGGGUGUGUGUGUGGGUGUGUGUGUGGGUGUGUGUGUGUGGGUGUGUGUGUGGGUGUGUGUGUGGGUGUGUGUGAGCGUGCACAUUAGUUAGAUUGACCACAUGUCUAAACAUGACAAGACACCCACUUUGCCAGCGUCUGCUUUCUUUCUUUAGUUUUUGUCUGUUUAUUAUUGCCUGACCUACAGCCCCGCCCUUCUGUGGCAAAUAUCUCAAGAGUCUUGGAUUUCCAUUUCCUCAUAUUCAUGCUGUCAUUUCUUUAUUCACCUCUGUCCUUUCAGAAGCUAAACAA